AUUGGGGGUAAAAACUUCCUGCGAGCUAAGAACUGUGCCAAGUGCCAGAUUUUGAAAGCAGUAGAGCCUAAACUCCUCUCGUCCAGGGCACAUUGAGAGAGGAACAGAAAAGCCUUUUGUGCUUCUGCCUUUUACGGAUAUAUUUUUGUCACCACGGCUUCAAAAGUGGAGAACGUUUUUUCUUCGUUAUCCUUGCAUUUCUUUAAAAAAGAAAUGGAAGAGGGCUCCAGUUCCCCGGUUUCCCCUGUGGAUAGCCUAGUGACCAGCGAGGAGGAGCUGGACAGACAACAGAAAAGAUUUGGAAGGAAGAGGAGACACAGUAAAAAGUCGAGCGAGGACAGCAGUCCGGGAUCCGUGAAACGAGGCAAAAAACCGAGUCCCAGCAGCACGCAGUCCUACGAGGAGCUGCAGAACCAGCGGGUGCUAGCCAACGUCAGGGAGAGGCAACGGACUCAGUCGCUCAAUGAAGCCUUCGCGUCUUUACGCAAAAUCAUUCCGACGCUGCCGUCGGAUAAACUGAGCAAGAUACAGACACUGAAACUGGCUUCCAGAUACAUCGAUUUCCUCUAUCAAGUGCUACAGAGCGACGAGAUGGACAACAAGAUGUCGAGCUGCAGUUACGUUGCGCACGAGAGACUCAGUUACGCCUUCUCGGUGUGGAGGAUGGAGGGCGCGUGGUCAAUGUCUGCAUCUCACUAGCAUCCAAAGCCGUUCACUUAAUGCCUAAGCGACUGUGUACUUCUGCAGAGUAUAUGGAGACACCUAAGGAUAGGCUAUAUUGAAGAACCCACAAACCUCAAAGACAUGAAAAAGAAACGCAUACUUUUCAACUUUAACGUGUUCAGAGAAUUUAUACUAGGCAGGAACUGUGGAAGUCAGCAGUGGACCAGCAUAUUCUACAGACCUGUCGCGUGCCUGACGAGCCCCCCCCCCCCCCCCUCCCGCGCUUUCGGAAACCUGUCUUUUGGCCGGAAGUAGGCUCUACAGAAAAAGUCAUAUUUUUGGGAAAUAUUUUCUUAUUUUUUGUGUAAAACUCUAAAUAGAAGUAUAUAUAUAUAUAUAUUAUAUAAAAGAACACGUAAUGUACAUACCUGUCUAUAUCAGCUUGUAAAGGGAAAAAUGCAAUUUAGAACCAUUACUGAAUUACGCUGCAUGGACUUUUAUUGAUUUGAAUUUUACAAGUCUUCCGACUCCGUCCAAUGUACAUUUUUGCUUAUUUAUUAAAACAUAUUUUUGAACAAAGCCGA